AUGGAAACGGUAAGAUUAAGUACACCAUCUAUUGUUAGUUCAAUAACUUCAACUUCAAGUAAAUUGUCAUCGUGCUCAUCAACUGCAUCUUUUUCAUUGGGUAAUGAAAACAAAGCUCUAUCAUCAAUGACAAAUUUUGUUGAUAAAUUGACCGAUAAUGAAAAAAAAGAACUAGACAGCAUGUUGUCAAAAGCAAUUUAUUCUAUUGAAUCUAUUAAAGUUUUUGUCGAGAAUCUUAUUAUUGGAGCUGAUUGUUUAGGACUCAUGUGUGAUGGAUGGUCCAAUAUUAGAAACGAAAGUAUUAUAAAUUUUGUCAUAACAACUCCUAAAUCGGUAUUUUACAAAUCAUUACCUACUUUAACACAAAGACAUACAGGUAAUUACAUGGCAAAUGUUAUGAUAGAUUUAAUCGAAGAAGUUGGACCAGGGAAAUUUUACGGUAUAGUAACUGAUAAUGCAGCUAACAUGAAGAAGGCAUGGCAAGAAAUAAAUCAGAAGUAUGCACAUAUUACAACAUACGGUUGUAUUGCACAUUCUCUGAGUUUAUUAAUAAAUGACAUUAUAUCGUUGGAGUCAUUAAAAUCAGUAGUAAAAGAUGGAGUUGCAAUUGUUAAUAAUAUCAGAGAGGACAUGUAUGAAAGGUGUGAAAAAGAUAUUUCACAAAGAGUUAAACAGCUCAUAACAAAUGAUAUAUUUUGGGACAAGUUAAAAAAUUUGCAUAACUUCUUGAAACCUAUUGCAUACUCGAUAACAAAAAUAGAGAGUGAUGAUCCACAAAUGAGUGUAAUUCCUGAGAUAUUUAUUGAAAUAAUGAAACAAUAUGAAAAUUGCAUAGAAAAUGUUCCUUGCCUUGAAUUUGAAAAAGAAACUAUUAAAAAUAAAAUACAAUUGAGAAAAGUAUUCAGCGUUCAACCUAUUCAUCUAGCAGCUAAUGUGCUGGAUCCAAAGUAUUUUGGAAAACAAUUAACUCCAGAAGAAAAUAUUGAUGCUGCUACAUUUAUACACAAAUUAUCCAAGGUGUGUGUUGGCAUUGAUGAAUGUAAAGUUAUGAACGAUUUUGCUCAAUUUAAGGUUAAAGAAGGAAUUUUUUCAAAUAGCUAUAUAUGGGAUGCUUGUGUGGAAUCAAUCAAACCAAUGGUGUGGUGGAAUGCCUUUUGCUCUCCUACUGAACUUUCAAAGUUAGCUUCAAAAAUUCUAUCAUUACCAGCUACAUCUGCUGCUUGUGAGAGAACAUUUAGCACAUACAAGGAUAUACACUCGUCCAAGAGAAAUAGACUGACUAACAGUAGAGCAGGCAAAAUAGUUUAUGUUAAACAUAAUUUAAAGUUGAAAGAAGAAACAGAAAAACAAAAAAAAAAACCAUCUAUUCAACGAGAUUAUUUCAAAGAGUUCUUAAACUCAUAUGCUGAAAAUGGGGAAGAUGAUAUUCAAAACUAUGAUAGUGGAGAUGAUUUUAUUUUGGAGACAGAAAGAGUAAAUGAAGAGAAAAAUAAAAGUACAGAAAGUACAAUAGAUGACAGUGAGAUAAGUGAGACUGAAGAGGUAGAAAUUAAUGAGCUUAUGAAUUUAGUAAGAAGAAAAAGUUAA